AUGGCAGCAGGCGUGGCGGCAUGGCUGCCCUUUGCAAGGGCAGCGGCCAUUGGGUGGAUGCCUGUGGCCUCCGGGCCCAUGCCCGCUCCCCCGAGGCAAGAGAGGAAAAGGACUCAAGAUGCCCUCAUCGUGUUGAACGUGAGUGGCACGCGUUUCCAGACGUGGCAGGACACCCUGGAGCGCUACCCAGACACCUUGCUGGGCAGCUCCGAGAGGGACUUCUUCUACCACCCAGAGACUCAGCAGUAUUUCUUUGACCGUGACCCAGACAUCUUCCGUCACAUCCUGAAUUUCUACCGCACGGGGAAGCUCCACUAUCCCCGCCACGAGUGCAUCUCUGCUUACGACGAAGAGCUGGCCUUCUUUGGCCUCAUCCCAGAGAUCAUCGGCGACUGCUGUUACGAGGAGUACAAGGACCGCCGGCGGGAGAACGCCGAGCGCCUGCAGGAUGACGCCGACACCGACAACACCUGCGAGAGCGCGCUGCCCACGAUGACGGCGCGGCAGAGGGUCUGGCGCGCCUUCGAGAACCCGCACACCAGCACCAUGGCCCUGGUGUUCUACUACGUGACGGGGUUCUUCAUCGCCGUCUCGGUCAUCGCCAACGUGGUAGAGACCGUGCCCUGUGGGUCCAGCCCAGGUCACAUUAAGGAGCUGCCCUGUGGGGAGCGCUAUGCGGUGGCCUUCUUCUGCCUGGACACGGCCUGCGUCAUGAUCUUCACCGUCGAGUACUUGCUGCGCCUGGCCGCGGCACCCAGUCGUUACCGCUUUGUGCGUAGCGUCAUGAGCAUCAUCGACGUGGUGGCCAUCCUGCCCUACUACAUUGGGCUGGUGAUGACGGACAAUGAGGAUGUCAGUGGAGCCUUCGUCACGCUCCGCGUCUUCCGCGUCUUCAGGAUCUUUAAGUUUUCCCGCCACUCCCAGGGCCUGCGCAUUCUAGGUUACACUCUGAAGAGCUGUGCCUCGGAGCUGGGCUUCUUGCUCUUCUCGCUCACCAUGGCCAUCAUCAUCUUUGCUACAGUGAUGUUCUACGCAGAGAAGGGGUCUUCGGCCAGUAAGUUCACCAGCAUCCCUGCAGCCUUCUGGUAUACCAUCGUCACCAUGACGACACUGGGGUAUGGUGAUAUGGUACCAAAAACCAUAGCAGGGAAGAUUUUUGGUUCCAUCUGUUCGCUGAGUGGUGUCUUGGUCAUUGCUCUACCUGUUCCAGUUAUUGUAUCCAACUUCAGUCGGAUCUACCACCAAAACCAACGAGCAGACAAACGGAGGGCACAAAAGAAAGCUAGACUGGCCAGAAUCCGGGCAGCCAAAAGUGGAAGUGCGAACGCCUACAUGCAGAGCAAACGCAAUGGUUUACUCAGCAAUCAGCUGCAGUCCUCGGAGGAGGAGCCAGCCUUUGUUAGCAAGUCCGGCUCCAGCUUUGAAACCCAGCACCACCACCUGCUUCACUGCCUGGAGAAAACCACGAAUCAUGAGUUUGUGGAUGAACAAGUCUUUGAAGAAAGCUGCAUGGAAGUCGCAACUGUUAAUCGGCCUUCAAGUCACAGCCCCUCUCUCUCUUCACAACAAGGAGUCACCAGCACUUGCUGUUCACGACGACACAAAAAAACGUUCCGCAUUCCCAAUGCCAACGUAUCAGGAAGCCAGCGAGGCAGUGUGCAAGAACUCAGUACCAUUCAGAUCAGAUGUGUGGAGAGAACACCGCUAUCUAACAGCCGAUCCAGUUUAAACGCCAAAAUGGAAGAGUGUGUUAAACUAAACUGUGAACAACCAUAUGUGACCACAGCAAUAAUAAGCAUCCCAACACCUCCAGUGACCACACCAGAGGGAGAUGACAGGCCAGAAUCUCCUGAGUACUCAGGAGGAAAUAUUGUCAGAGUGUCUGCUUUGUAAGACAGUUGGAAGAA